UUGGUUGAAGCAUUGAAAGAAAGUAACCGGCAUCGUCAAAUUUUUACAAUUCAAAGCCCGAGGUAUUAUUGUGCAGCGGUCAGCAGCUUAUUUAGAAACACUGAUUACAAAGGAAUAAUAUUCAUUUCGUAAUUUGUUUCUCGGUAAUUUCAAAAUUUUAUAUCAUGUUUACAAGUUUGGUAUGUUACUGAACCGUUAAUGAUAUAUAUUCUUUAUUAUUGUAAAACUUAAGUGUAAUAUGAAAUUUUCGCAAAGUUUAAAAUACUUUGGAUUAUUACCAUUUGGUAUUUGUGGAAUGGCAGAAAGUGAAACUAACACGGAAGAAGAUGGCAGAGAUGACGCAGGAAGAUUAUCCUUCCCAAGUAAUAGACACAAGCUUCCUUGAAAAACAAGAAAUAUUUACUCCCUCUGACAAUGAUGUAGUUGCAUUGAACAACUUUUCAGAAAUGACAGUUAGUCAUGACAAUCUCUUGCAAAUGGAGAGAGAAAUGGUGAAAACAUUGAAAGAUGAGCUGCCACUUAAACUCAAAGAAUACACGAGCAAGUAUAGUGAAGUUGUUAGCCAUUUGCAAGAAGAAGUUGUGUUGUGGAAGUUUAAAUUCAACUAUAAAGUCAAAGCCUUCAAUGAACUGAAGCUCUCCUUCAAGAAACAAUCAAAGGAAAAGGAAGACCUACAGGAAAGGCUGUUCAUUUUACAAAGGCAGAAGGACAAGAUUGAGAAGGAUGCAAAAAAAGCUUUUUUACAGCUAGAGGAAGAGAGAUUCAAGAAGAUACCCAUUAUUGUGGUUAAUAAGAAAGUGGAACCAUUUGAAACAGCAGGAGUUGAAAACGAGAAUUCCUCAGAUCCACUAAGAAGGAAAUCAUCAAAACAGCGCGGUGAUACAUCAAUAUUUUAUGAUGGAAAGCUAACUCUUAGUAAUGACCAAGGAAUUCGUUGUAAAAGUAUGAUUACUCCAUGUAAAAGCAGCACAAAUUCUGAUACUGAAACAUCGGAAAACCUUGAAAAUACCCCAGACAGCACAGUGACACCUCACUUUUCUGCAACAGAUAAUUCUGAUAAAAGCAACGACACCAUAGUGAGAAACAUGGAAAAAAUGAGUAAACAAAAGGAUGAUUUGCCAAAACGUAUGGCAGUUGUUGAAGAAAUAAAAAUGAAUGUUGAUGGAAAAAAGUCUGAAUUGAAAAGUGAGACUGGAGGAAACUUCAUUGAUGCAUACACCAACAAGAAGUCAUCACCAGAGCCCAUUGUUGAAGACAUCAUAUUUGUUUCCCCACCACCUAUUGGAAUUGAGGAACCUUCAGAUGAAGAUCUGACUUGGAAAGAUAAAGAGGAAACAAUAGGAGAAGAUAUUAAAGUUGGAAGUGAGAUUAAAAAAAUGACAGAAUCAGGACUUCUUGUUGAACGGAAAAGGAGAAAGUACGAACGAGAUUUUCUCUUACAAUGUCGAUACAUGCAAGUUUGUAUGGAAAAACCAGCGAACCUGCCGGAUAUUGAUGUCAUACUGGACGUUCCACAACCACCCCAGAGUAGAACGGGGAGCAGUGGUGGUGGCUGGCUGAGAUCUGGUGUCUUACCUUCCGAUUUGCCUUUGAAAACUCAAGAACAAUAUGGUCAAAUGAUGCGACCAGGUUUUAUUCAAAAUAUUGCACAACCUUAUCCGCUACCUGUAAGCACUGCUUCGUUACAGCCAAAAACAUUUCACAAACUCAGCCACCAUUUUAUACUGGAAUGCCACCUAUGUAUUACUCCCAUGGGCAAUCAAACCAACCCAUACAACCACAGCAACCACAACAACAACCUGCAGCAAAUACAGGAAUUUCCACAAAUACCAUCAAUGCAAGACUCAAAAGAUCGAAAAUUAUCAUCAAGGAUCCAAGUAGCAACAAAGAUUUUACUGGAGGAAUAAGAAUAGCGUUUUCCACUCCUCCAUUGGCUAAUACAGUUGCAAAAACAGAAUCAUCAGCAAUCAAGGCAGAGUUUGCUGCCGAAGUAGAAGC